AAGAGGGAAUUAACCGCAAAGUUUUAAUUCAAUUAAAUAAUUCAGCCAUAAAACAGAGAACAGGUCAACGAUCAGGAGAGAACGCGGGCAAUGCAGUAAUGAAACGGGUUAAAAUAGAAAGCGCUGUCUUUAAUCCCGAUUAAACUUUCUUUCCAGCGAACAUUCCGGCCUCAGGGACGGACAGGGACUAGUCCGAGUUUCCGCAGCGUCCGAUUUGAAUUGGAAUCGGCGAGUUUUUGAGGAGAGAGAAACACAGAAAAAUGAAGCCGCCGGGAGCUGCCAGCAGGAUGUCUCCGCCCCGUCCGCUCGCUGCCUUUAAAUUGCUCUGUGCCGCCGCCUUUCGCUUCAUUUCUCAUUCAGUUCUGAUUGUGAGAAGGAUUUACCAGAGUCGCCGACAUGACUGAGACAGCACCCGCCGAAACGGCUCCUCCAGCCGCACCCGCCGCCGCAAAGAAGACUCCCAAGAAGAAGGCGGCUGUCCGGAGCAAACCAACCGGUCCCUCGCUGGGCGAACAGAUCGAUAAGAUCGUGGCGGGUUGUCAGGAUAGGAAGGGUAUGUCCGGUGUGGCCAUCAUGAAGGCUCUGGCCGACAGCGGUGUCGAUGUGGCGAAACGUCGCCACCAGGUCAAAAUGAGCAUCAAGAGGAAAGUGGAAAGCGGCUCCUUGGUUCAGGCCAAGGGCUCGGGUAUUUCGGGAUCCUUUAAAUCCGGUAAAGGGAAAACUGCCGUGAAGGUGGUGAAGAAAGCGAACAAGCCAGCGGCAAAGAAAUCUCCCAGCAAGAAGCUUGGCGCCAAGAAACCAGCGGCUAAAAAAGGGGGAGGUAAGAAACCAGCGGCUAAGAAAGCGGCAGCAAAGAAACCAGCGGCUAAAAAAGCGGCAGCAAAGAAACCAGCGGCUAAAAAAGCGGGAGCAAAGAAACCCGCGGCUAAGAAAGCGGCAGCAAAGAAACCCGCGGCUAAGAAAGCGGCGCCGAAGCCCAAGAGCCCCAAGAAAGCCGCAGCCCCGAACACGAAGGCGGCCAAGAAGCCGAAGUCGAAAUCCGCGAAACCCAAGAAGACAGCAGUCAAAAAGUGAAUUGAGAAUCCACCAU